AUGCUAGUUUUGCUUCUUCUUUUCUCUGCUGUGUUUGCCGCUCUAAGGGAUAAAGCUUAUUUUUUCGAUAAAUUGUCCGAAGUGCGUGUAGAAAUCAGCCAAUGCAGGGAGGAUGCGGACCUAAACAUGGAUGAGCAAAAAUUAAACUUGGGAGUGUUGGAGUGGUCUCGUUUUAAUAUGCACUUCUGUUGCAAAUGCGCACGAAAGGCUAAAAGUUAUCACGAUCGUAAGAUUAAAGACCCUAACUAUACGAUGGUCACACAAAGCGCAUGGCAAACGGUGGACUCGGAAGAUCUGGCAAAGGAAAUCGCUAGAAAGGUGAUCAUUGACAUACGUGACGAAACGUUUAAAGAAGAGUUGCAAAGACUGCACGUCGGAUGUGCAUUGAAAAACAGAUUCUAUCUUCGCAUCUUUGGUAUCACGGCUGUAUGUCUUGUUUACCAGGACCCGGUGUUUGAUAUCAAGCUUUAA